GCUAUCUCCCGUUCCGGCUGCUGAGAAGCAACGCCGAGUUUUUCGUGCUUCUUUUUUUGUUUGUUUGUUUGUUUCCUGAUGUCCCAGACUCUGUACGGCGCUACCAGCUGAGAGGGUGUUGAGAAAACUAGGCUGUCUUAGCGACGCCGCCUCUGUCGGACUGGGACACACUGAGAACCUCUGUAGCCACUUCCGGUUAACCUUUCACCCCACGGCUCGGCGUCCCUCGGCUCGCCCUCACCCCCGACCUCUGGCCCGCGCCCCUUGGCUCGAUGCCUGCGCGCCUCUCUGGCUGCCCAAGACCUGUUGCGUGCUCCGUAUAGAUUAGUAACGGUCUCAGAGGGAAACUGCUGGAGCCAGACCUCCUGCCCCUCGGGUGAAAGAGCUACAAUUCUUCCAGCGGUUGUGACUCCUUAAAGAACGAUUGUAACUGUUGCUCCUCCCGCCCCGCCGUCGGGUUUUUAUCCCAGUGUGUGGCCAGACUGCCGGGACCGCGAAUGGAAGGGCCACCCUGGAUCCUCGGUCUUUAUUCUUACGCCCUCCAGGGCAGUUUAUUCAUACAGCUUUACACGCUUGCUCGGACCAACUCGGCUCCUAGGUCUCAUGAAUGGAGUAACAUGUUUUGCUUUUACGUGUAAUAACAGUUAUGCAGUAGUGCAUACUUUAAAAAGUGGGGACUUGGGUUUGCACGAGUUACUAGCGAGGCAGCUGUGCUGCCCCGUGUGUUAACGCUGAUUCUUUAUGUGUGGGUACUUUGAAUGUGUUUCUGUGCGCCUGCUGGGUGCGCUUCCCGAAGAGGCCAGCAGAGGGCGCUGGAGUUACGGGUGCUUGCGUGGAUGCUGGGAAUCAAAGCCAGACCAGCUGCAAGAGCGGCCAGUGUUCUUUGUCACUAGCCCCGUGUCUGUCCAGUUCUAAAGUAACAUCAGUGCAUCCUGGAGGCCAUGGUGUCACUGUCACCUGGGACUUGCUAGAAAUAUCCGCAAACGGAGCCAGGCUGGGAGAGCGGGACUCCGGGAGAGGGACCAGCUCUUGGCGAUCAAUGGAGUUUCUUGCACCAGCUUCUCCCAUGCCAGCGCCAUGACCCUCAUCGAUGCUUCAGGACAUCAGCUUGUCCUUACUGUGAGGAGGGUAGCCGAUGAAGGGUGUGUGAGAUCUCCGUCUCCAGGGGGGCUCCGGGCGCUGUCACCCCUAUCGCCACUGAGUCCUGAGCCCCCAGGUGCUCCUGCUCCCCAGGCUCUUCAACCCGGCAGCCUUCGCUCGCCUCCUGACAGUGAAGCUUACUACGGAGAGACAGACAGCGAUGUUGACGGCCCUGCCGCACAAGAGAAGCCCCGCCGAACCCGCCGCCGAGGUCCCACAAGGCCCUCCCUUCCAGGAGCCCCACCUGAUGAGGUGUACCUGUCUGACAGCCCUGCAGAACCAGCACCUGCUAAAACUGGCCCUCCCAGCCAGGGUGACAGCCGCGUGAGCUCCCCGUCUUGGGAGGAAGGCGCCGCCCUUCAGCCACCACCGGCGGAAGCACUUCUGUUACCCCAUGGUCCACUCAGGCCUGGUCCUCACCUCAUCCCCAUGGUGGGCCCUGUCCCCCACCCAGUGGGAGAAGACCUUACUACCACCUACACCCAGAAGGCCAAGCAAGCCAAACUGCAACGUGCGGAAAGCCUACAAGAGAAGAGUGUGAAGGAGGCCAAGACUAAAUGCCGGACCAUUGCAUCCCUGCUAACAGCAGCCCCCAACCCUCACUCCAAGGGGGUGCUUAUGUUUAAGAAACGGCGGCAGAGAGCCAAGAAGUACACCCUAGUGAGUUUCGGGGCUGCGGUCGGGACAGGAACAGAAGAGGACGGCAUCCCCCCAACGAGUGAGUCGGAGUUGGACGACGAGGCCUUCUCGGACGCCCGCAGCCUUACCAACCAGUCCGACUGGGACAGCCCUUAUCUGGACAUGGAGCUGGCCAGGGCUGCUUCAGGAACAACAGAGAGUCAGAGCUCCGGGCUGGGCGGGCAGUUGAGCGAGGUGUCCGGGCGAGGGGUUCAGCUGUUUGAACAGCAGCGCCAGCGGGCCGCCUCCAGCGCUCAGGAGCUGACUCAGGUGGGCCCAGCAGCCAUGCUAAAUGGGCAGGGUCUGCAGUCACCACCUCGAGCUCAGAGUGCUCCCCCAGAGGCAGCCGUGCUCCCUCUCAGCCCUUUGCCGGCCCCUGCAGCCAGCCCUAGCCCCUUCUUCGCGGAUGGUGGAGCCCCCAGCGCAGCGCCAAGUAUCUUUAACAGGUCGGCGAGGCCUUUUACCCCAGGUUUACAAGGACAAAGGUCAGGUACCACCUCAGUGAUUUUCCGGCCCUUACCCCCUAAGAAGGUGAAUGAAGGCCUGCGAGCCACCAGCCCCGCCCCGUCCCCCUUCGUGACCCCUCUUCAGGGGCCCACCCCUCUGCCCAGCUUCACCACAGUGGUGCCCGGUCACACGCCGGUCCCCGGGGCCCCCAUCACCCCACGCUCCUCCGGUCCUGUAACCGCUACCAGUUCCCUGUACAUCCCAGCCCCGAGCCGGCCCGUUACACCAGGAGGCGCCCUGGAGCCUCCCGCUCCUCCUAGCGCGGCUGCUAUGACCUCCACCGCUUCCAUCUUCUUGUCGGCGCCUCUAAGAAGCUCUGUGCGCCCGGAGGCGCCCGGCCCCGCGGUCCCCGAGUCUGCUAGUGCGCGGGAGCAGCGCAUCUCUGUGCCAGCUGCCCGCACUGGCAUCCUGCAGGAGGCCCGGCGCCGGGGUACCCGGAAGCAGAUGUUCCGACCGGGAAAGGAAGAGACGAAGAACUCGCCCAACCCCGAGCUGCUGUCGCUGGUGCAGAACCUGGAUGAAAAACCUCGGGCCGGUGGUGCGGAAUCUGGUCCAGAAGAGGACGCUUUAAGUCUCGGAGCGGAAGCCUGUAACUUCAUGCAGCCACUAGGGGGCAGGAGUUACAAGACCUUAUCUCAAGUGGCACCAAAAACCCCGCCUCCGAUGGCUCCCAAAACCCCACCCCCUACAACUCCUAAGACCCCACCCCCUGUGGCUCCUAAACCUGCAUCUCGAGGGCUCCUUGAUGGGCUAGUGAAUGGGUCGACCCCUAUGGCUGGAAUCCCUGAGCUCCCAAGGCUGCAGGGGAGGGGUGGGGAGCUAUUUGCCAAGCGGCAGAGCCGUGCCGACAGGUACGUGGUGGAAGCUGCACCUGGCGCUAGCCUUAACCAUGGCUUUCGCCCUAGAAGUCCUUCUCCCACACCCUCACUGCCCCCGUCGUGGAAAUACUCACCCAACAUUCGUGCCCCACCCCCAAUCGCUUACAACCCACUCCUCUCUCCCUUUUUUCCCCAAGCUGCCCGAACUCUCCCCAAUAAGACCCAAUCCCAGGGGCCUCGGGCGACCCCCAAGCAGGGCAUCAAGGCCCUGGAUUUCAUGCGACACCAGCCGUACCAACUUAAAACUGCCAUGUUCUGUUUUGACGAGGUUCCUUCAACUCCUGGCCCCACUUCAGGGCCUCCCAAAACUGCCCGAGUCCAGGAGAUCCGCAGAUUCUCCACUCCGGCACCCCAGCCCACUGCAGAGCCCUUGGCUCCCACUGUGCUAGCCCCCAGAGCGGCUACCACAUUGGACGAACCAAUCUGGAGGGCAGAGCUGGCCUCACCCCCUGUCCCUAACCCAGACCAUCCUCAAGAGUCUCCCAGGAGCUUAAUUGCCACCCCCAGCUCCUGUGGUUUCCAAGUAGCCAGGCCCCGGUUCUCAGCCACCAGAACAGGGUUGCAGGCUCAUGUGUGGAGGCCUGGGGCAGGGCACCAGUGAGCAGGGAAUAGUCCCAGGACCAAGGAAUGGAACUUAGAGUCCCAGAAGUUUCUUCUGCUUUGUCCUACCGACUUUUUCUCCCCGCGUCGCCUCUUGCCAGAGACAGUGUUCCCUUCCGUUUCCUCAACUCCCAGCUGCUGCUUUUAAUCUGUUCUCUGUUUCGGUAUCUUCUCUGUAUUUCACUGCCUGGAUCUCUGGCUUCUCUACUCAGAGGUCCUCUCUCUCUCUCUCUCUCUCUCUCUCUCUCUCUCUCUCUCUCUCUCUCUCUCUCUCUCUCUCUCUCUCUCUCUCUCUCUCUACACACACACACACACACCACACAUUUGUGUUUCUCUCUGUGGGCAGCAAAGAGUAAAAUGUUCACUGAGAUCUCAGGCAAAAAGCUCAGCAACUAAGGGACUGAACCCCUCCACACUCCGUACUCCUCACUCAGUGUGUGUGUGUGUGUGUGUGUGUGUGUGCGCGUGCGCAUGCGUAUGAACAGAUGUGCUUUCACGAAUGUGUGUGGUUAGGAUCUGCUCUGGAAAGGCAUCAAAUAACAAUACACGUGUGCUUCUCUUGAGACAAAGGUAAGAGGGAGUUCUUUUCCUUCUGCUGGCAGGGUCAGAUAGUUCCACAGGGAGUCCUGCAGGGGACAAGAGUAACUGCGGAAAAGCCCCUAGAGGAGGACUGUCUGUAGCAGGGACACAGCAUUGUGAUAUUAAUGAGUCUGACGGUUUUCAUGGGUGUUAGUUAUACGAGCUAGACCCGGGAUAAGACUAAGAAUUCUAUUUCUUUGGAUUUCAAGAAGUUAGCAACCAGGGUCCUGUGCUGAGCAAGUCAGUAUCUAGAAGGUAAAAAAAGAAAAUUUCUUCUGAACUGCCGAAGACAGGAAGGAUGGUGAAUGGAGACAGUGGAUGGGGGAGAUCAGGGCUGAUGUGAGUGACCGUGACCGAGAGGGAGAGAGGAAAGCUGGCCAACAAGAAAGCACCUCUGUGUGAGGGAGCCUAGAGGGUAGCGUGAGCCUGGGGGAUGCACGCUUUUGUCAGAGCGAGGUGAGGAUGUGUGCGGGAUGUUAGUUAGGCGGCUGUCAAUCAAGCCGUCCUGACUACCUGGGAAAGGCGGGAGACGCCAGGCCCAACCCUCUUGUCUGUCCCAUUCUACCCGCAGAGCCCAGCUUUUGCCCCUGUCAGCUUCAGGUUUCAUUACUAUUCCCAGAAGGGUAAGGACUCUCCUUCCAUGAAGACCACAGCAGCCAUACUUGCUGCUUGACCUGGAAAUUGAUCUUUUCCUUGGCAAUGCCGGGUGCCACGACUCCUUGGUUUGUGCACAAGAAUAAAGCAUGUCCACACCUUC